AUGGCUGUGAACGAAGAGCAGUCUGUCGAGAUGGAAGUUCUGGAGUCAAUCUAUGGAGCUGACAGUAAUUUCAAAGCGAUCGAUGGCAAUCGUAUACAGUACAAGUUCGGUGUCGAUACCCCUAAGAGUUUUGUGGUUGAAAUUGAAUGGCCGCCAGAAUAUCCCGAAGUUCCUCCUAAAAUCAAUAUGGACGUUUUUUACAACAGUAACAUCGCUGACAGUGUCCGGCAGCAGAUCAAAAGUAAGGUAUUGGAAGUGGCGAAGGAGAAUGAGGGUAUGGCCGUAACGUUCACUCUGAUCGACUACAUAUCAACGAACCUUGAAGAACUGACGUCCAACUGGGAGAUCAAGCAGGUUCAGCCUGAAGUCGAACCAAAAGCUGACGAUCGGCGAGCCGUCAGGGACGAGCCCCUCACGAAGGCCGCCAAAAGACGUCUUUGGGAUCGCAAUGAGGGUACGGCUAAGGAACGAGGGUCCGAUUGGGUCGAUAUUCUGAAACAUCUAUCCCAGGUCUAG